AUGCAUGGCAUUUAUAAGACAUCUCCGCUGUCCACACAAAGAUCUCUCAUUACUGAGGAUGAACUUAAUGAACUCCCAACCAUGGCAUUUGAACCCUCCCUGGUGGCUCCUUGGACUAGAUGCUCCAGCGGUUACCCGAUCGAAAUUCCUGUUUGUUUAGGCGCUACUCUCCUCUGUCUCCGUGAUCUACAUGAAGCUGAAUUGAAAAAAGGUCAUAGUUUUAUUGAUGAUUAUAGCCCUUCAGGAAAUUUUAACCCACCAAACUUGGAAGAAGAAGCAGAAGAUUUAGCAAAUUGGUUGCUUGAUGAAGUUACCACUUAUGCUGAAUGUCGUCCGAAUUUGUUAACCAAAAAUGCUCGCCUACUUUUUGAGUCAAUUUUGCUUAUACUCGAACGCCUAAAAACGCCACUCUACCCGCUUUCUGAGAAAACCUGCAAUCUCCUACGAAAGCUCUCUCUCCUUGAACCCGUUCACCCCUACUGCAUGCAUAUCAUCCAAGUUCUGUUUGAAAAAGCAAUGGCAUUCUGUGCAGACACAGAAUCCAAGCAACAAAGCGGAGUUAUCAACCUAGAUGGCUAUUCCACCGACAUCACUGAGUUCAUUCAAAAGACCUACAGCUGUAACAACAUCUCCAGGCAUGAUAGGAUACGUCUAACAAACCUUUUCAAUCUGCAUAUUUUUCACGAUCUCUACAUGGUAAUGGAGAACAAGACCCGAAACAUAAUUCGUGUGAUUAUACGCAAUUUAAUCUUUAUAGUUCAGCGCUACAUCAUCACUAUGUGCGCCGAGUUAAAAGCGAAGCGUCAGGAAACUUGGCUCCUCAACACAAUCAACAUGCGUCCACACAUUUGUGAGUACGCUAUUGUGGCUAUCGCUACACGCGUUGGCCCUCGUAUGUUUCGUUUUCCUCGAAGUAUUUGUAUGCAAAAUGAGUUGGCUGUAAGAGCAAUGAUAAAUAUUUUCAGUGCGAACUUAGAUAAUAUGUGGUUGCCAGGGCAGAAGCCGUCGUCAAUUAAAGUGGAAACUGGCGCCGCCAAGUGCCACUCUGGUUGCAUAUGCCAUCAUGAUGAGUAG